AAGGAAAUAGGGAAGCGUUUCUUCUUUACAUUUCUCUUGCAGUUUCAAAAGCACAAGACUCUCUAAAAAUGUUUAUUACAGUAACUACUGAUGGCGAAGAGAUUUACAACUUAGAAAUAGAUAGUCAGAUGGCUAUUGAGGAUUUAAAAGCCUUGUUAGAAGCUGAGUCAGGGGUACCACCUACUGCCCAACGUUUAUACUAUGGUGAAAAAGAGUUGACAGAAUUGAAAAAGACUCUGGAAGAGUAUCAAGUAGGACAAAACGAAAUUGUUCAUAUGCAACAGCAGUUACCAGCCUCCUCAAGUUCAAGCCUUGCAGCUGAAUCUGAUAUGAUGCGCAUGCAUGUCUUAAGGGACCCACGACUACUUCAACAGUUAGAAAACACUAAUCCAGAAUUAGCUCAAGCAGCACGUAGCGAUCCUGCUAGGUUCGCGGCUAUGGUCCAGCAGAUCGAGCAAACACGGCGAUCUGCCGAAAUGCAAAAGGCGCAACUUGCUGCUAUGAGUGAUGAUCCAUUUGAUGUAGAAACACAAAAACGUAUAGAAGAUGCCAUCCGGCAAGAAAAUAUUGCUGCUAAUUUGGAAGCAGCCAUGGAAUACAAUCCUGAAUCCUUCGCUAGAGUGACACGGCUUUAUAUCAAUGUAGAGAUCAAUAACAAGAAAUUAGUAGCGCUUGUUGAUUCAGGAGCUCAAAGUACAGUCACCCAGAAACAGCAGAAUCGUGUGGAUUAAUGCGAUUGUUAGAUACUCGUUUUAGCGGCGUUGCUAAAGGUGUAGGCACUGCGAAAAUUCUGGGUCGUAUUCAUAGCGCUCAAAUGCGUCUUGCUCAAAACUUAUUCUUGA